CUUCAACGCCGGCCGCAGCCGAACUAAAGCCGAGCGCCCCCUCCCAGGUAAAUGGAAGAUCUAGAGAGCCGCAAAGCACGUAGGAUAGAGCAGAUGGUAGCAAAAUGGCUGCGUCGGUCACGGGAUAAUACAGCCAGAGGGAGAACGUCAGUGAGUGAGCGAUCGUCUGAUGAAUUUAGGCAAUCCGUGAGUCGCGUGAAAAUCACAGUGGAAAUCCAGAAAGAUGCGUUGCUUGGCGAUUAUGGUUUUGCCGUUUCCCAGGAUCCCCCCUUUGUCAUCACAUCCGUUACUUCAGGCAGCGCUGCUGAUGGGAAACUUCUGCCUGGGGAUCACGUUCUUGCAAUAAACAACGAAGGAGUGGAAGACGCCGCCAGUGAACAAAUAGCUGCUCUUUUAAGGGAAUCAGAAGACUCUCUCCGCUUUACAGUCGUCCGAUGCACCUCGGGUGGCCCUAAAUCAUCCUUUCUUACAGCAGAGAAAAGAGCCAGGCUGAAGACCAACCCUGUCAAAGUCCGCUUUGCAGAAGAAGUCGUAGUGAACGGACACACUCAGGGAAGUUCUUUGCUGUGCAUGCCCAACGUUCUCAAGGUGUACUUGGAAAACGGGCAGACGAAAGCUUUCAAGUUUGACGCAAGCACGACUGUUAAGGACAUCAUCCUCACUUUGAAAGAAAAGCUUUCCAUCCAAAGCAUUGAAUACUUUGCCCUGGUCUUGGAAGAGCAGUACAAUGUGUUGAAAAUGUACCUUCUUCAUGAUGAUGAACUCAUCACCCAGGUAGUCCAGAAGAAAGAAUCUCACAAUCACCGGUGUCUCUUCAGAGUCUGUUUUAUACCCAGGGAUCCACUGGAUCUGCUGCAGCAAGAUCCAGUUGCCUUUGAAUAUCUCUACUUGCAGAGCUGCAGCGAUGUGCUCCAGGAGAGGUUUGCCGUGGAGAUGAAGUGCAGCGUCGCUUUGCGUUUGGCAGCACUCCACAUCCAAGAGCGGAUUAUCACCUGUGCCCAGCCACAGAAAGUAUCUCUGAAAUAUAUAGCGAAGGAUUGGGGGAUAGAAAACUUUAUCUCGCCAACGUUACUCCGAAACAUGAGAGGCAAAGACAUCAAAAAGGCCAUCAGCUUUCACAUGAAGAGGAAUCAACUUUUGCUGGAUCCCAGGCAAAAGCACCUCCUCUCAGCAGCACAGGUGCGUCUCUGUUACCUGCAGAUCCUUGGAGACCUGAAACUCUACGGUGGGAAAAUCUUUAAUGUUACUCUCAUGGUAAGACAGAGAGAGAAUAAUCACGUGGGAGCCAAAUACGGAAUCAGCCAGGUUGUGAAUAACAAACUGAACAUCGUAACCAUGCUGGCCGAGUUCGCGAGCAUCAGCCGAGUAGAGCUUCUUGAAGAAUCGGACAAAGUGAGCAUGGUAAAAAUCUACCUCCAAGAUAUAAAGCUGCUGACUCUGAUGCUAGAAUCUAACAGUGCUAAAGACCUGACUUGUCUCAUUGCUGGCUACUACAAGCUGCUCGUGGAUCCAACCCGUUCGAUAUUUGUGUGGGGGGGUGGAAGGCCCCAAACACACCGCUACUCCACAGAGGAAGGGUACGAAUCUCGAACGUGCAGCGACUCCGAAGAAUCUUCCGAAGUGGAUUCCUCCUUGGACCAGUUUUCGGACUCUCACCCCCCAAAAUACAGCCGCAUCAGCCCCCUGCCAGAGGAAGAAGGAGAGCAAGAGGAGCUGGAGAGGAAGGGUCUGCGGGAACAAGAGGCGACCUUCUGCAAUGGAUGCGACAACACAAACGAUAGCUUAUCAGAGGCCUCCGACUCGGCCAACACGGAGGGUCGCGGGUUCAAGACCAGCGGUUCGAGUGACUCUCUGGAUGCUCUGGAAGAGGACGAUUUAGAGGCGUGCUCUUCGAGCCGGCCGGAGUUCUUCAGUUUUGGCACGCCCACUCUCCAGGACCUCACCAACAGCGACAAGGCCUUCUUAGGGAUGGAUUAUGAAAACAGAGCCGCCUCAGAGGAUUUCUUUUCUUUCCCUCCGCCGCCCCACUUACCCGCUUCUGCGCUUGCACAGUCGGACGCAGAAUUCAGAAUGGAAAGUGAAAUAAACGCCGUCGUUCUGGAGUCCAAGCUGGCUGAGAAUGAUGCCAUGGAGUACUACAGUAUCUGCGCUAACAUCUCCCCCGCCAGCAGUGCGGAGAAGAACACCCACAGCGAUGGCACAGAGGGUGGCUCUUUGCAAGACCUGUCGGCUGAGCCCAGUGCGGGUGAGGGAGUGGGCAGGCGAGGGUCACGUGGCUUCGUCUUGGCUCCUCCCCCUGGCUUUGGAGAUACCAGUUCCGAGGAUGAAUUCUAUGACGCAGCGGAACGGGUGACACCCACGGAGGCACGAACAGGCUCUGGAGGUCCAUCGCCACAGAAUUCACAAGAUUUUGGCAUCCCAAAGGUGACGUCCUGUUGCAGCCUGGUUGAAAACAUGCUAUCGAGACACAGCAAGAGGGUCUUGCACAGGGCAGAGCAGGAGCCAACUCGUAUCAACAGUCCGAGGAAAAGGCGGUCCUUUUUACAGACUAAUUAUACCUCACAAGUCAGUUUCCCUCUUGAUCCACUUCACACUCAGGAAAGCAUUGACUUUAUGAGUUAUGGUGGAGAAGUUGAUCUUUCUGGUGCUUCAUGUUCGCCAGCUGGACUUUCCAUUGAGGACACUGAGAGAGACCCAGAUCCUCUCAAAGCCAGACAACUAGUCCAACUGGACUCUUACAGAGAAGCCAAGAAUUCAUCUAGCUUAAUGGAGAUGGAACCGGAUACAUUGGAAACGAAAUCAGUAACCGAUUCAGUCGUUUCCUCCAUCUCUGCUGUUCGUUUGCCAGGUGCUCAGGAAAGUGAAAAGAGUUCAGACUUCACAACUGGCUCCUUCUCUAAAGAGGAGUACAAGAGUCCUAUUAUCUCUUCCUGUACACCAAAUCAAAAUAGCAGUUCGAGUACGUCAGAAAUCCCCUUUCAGUUGCAAGAUAUUUGCACUGAAAAGAAAGAGGAUCCUACAGAAACAUCAUGUAGCCUUCAGGAACGUCGUGCAGUGACCACAGAGCAUGAGACAGAGGAAAUACCAGAGUGUAUGUCAGAAACACCACUUGACACCGGAGUCAGCUAUUUAUUGAUUGAGGAAAUAAUACACACAACCACCAAACCCCCUCGGUCUGUAAGCCAUCAGAACAAACAGUUGAUUUGUGAACCCACUUUGGAUACAGGUAUUCCUCCUACUGAUGAGGUGAAAAAUCAUGAACAGGUUGUGCUAGACCCCUGUGGAAGAGUCAAAGAUGACUCUGCCUUGUGUGAACCCAGCCAGGCAUUUGAAGGGGAAUUGCUCCAGGAGAAUACAAGCAAGAGGCUGAGUGAAAAUUCCUUUCAGAAAUCCGGAGAUCAAAGGCAAUUGGGUUUCUCAAGUGCGACUGAGCUGCUUUCUGACUGUGAUGACACUUUGGGGAUAGUGACUCGUCUCUCCUGGCUUUCUUUGAUGUCGAUGGUAGAUAAUACAGAACCGUGUUGGCAAAAUGAUAACUAUCAAAGAAUCAUUGCCCCAAGCUCCCCAGGGGUUAGCCAGGUCUCAUUAAAAGAGGGUCACAUGCUUUCAGAUUGCUCGAGUCCAUGUGUACACCACAUGCUGGCCGUAACUGUGUCUCACGACAGAUCUCUGUUUGCAGAGCUCGAUAGUAACCAGGAAACAGAAGAGGAACCCGUCACAUAUAGUGCCACGGAGUAUGAAAAUGAACAACCCAGUUCAUUAGCUGUUCCCAUGGAAGAGUAUGUGGAACAGAGAAAAUGUGACCAUUCGAAUGGACUGGGCUACUUGCCAUUUGACAUUUUGUGCAAAGCUGUAGGGCCUAGUGAGGAAAGUAGUGUUUCAGGUCAGUCAUUUUUGCCUUCUGGCCCAACAGAAGAUGCAGAGGGCCCUGCAGUUUGCAGCCACGAAGACUCUCCAACUUUAAACGCUAAGGAAAUGUCCUCACCAACACAUCAAGUAGACACGUGUCGUUGCCAGUUUUCUUAUGCCAGCUGUUUCCAUGGGUUAGACGACGAGUCGGUACUAGAGGACACCAGUCCACCUCUACAAGGUGAUUCUGAGAGGCCAUUAACAACCCCACCAACGAGGAGCCCCCUGUCUUUAGACUUUGCCCCUGUGAGGUCCGUUCAGGAGUGUAACAGUGUUGAUGCUGAUCCUAAAGACUGUAGCAGUCACGUUUGGCUCCCAGACUCUCACAUUAAAGCGCUGAGCCACGUCAAAGACCGAGUCCAUGCCUCACCGCUUGACUUCUGCCGUUUGUUAGACCAUGUGGUCGAGCUUCAGGAAACUUUAAAGCUAUUCUGGGGGAACCGAACAAGACACCCUCGGGACAGGUGCUUAGCCCAUUUCUCGGAAAACAAGAACACCUUGUGUGUAGAAUCUCAAAGGCUGAUGUCCAGUUGCCAGAAAGUUAUCAAAAUAUGUGGGCUUUCCACAGAGAUACAGGGUGCCAUUCAGGAGACCUUCCGGCACCUUCUUCAGCUGACAGAAGCAUGCUUCCACUUCACAAACUGUGGCCUUUGUAGCGGGAGGCACAAAGAUCUUGCCGUCAAUCUGAAGGACGUUGUGUGUAGUUAUCACCAGUUUGUUCAGGCGGCACAGCAGGCCGGUGAGAAGGGCUAUCCUAGCUUGAGCAUAAAACUACUUGUGUGCCAGUAUACUGCCCUCACAGCGGCCUUGUUCUGCCUUGUGCAGCAAUUCAAGGCCCCACCCUCUAUGUGAGAUGGAGGAUCUUGCCCCAACGACUGCACCUAAUCCAUUGCUUUGUGGAGAAGAACUCAGUCAAGUGUCCGCUGUUAAAACAGUUA